AUGGAGAAAUUCACUACGGAUUUCAGGAGGGCUUUUUCCUCAGAAAUAAGAGUGAAAAGAAAAAGUCGCUGUUCAUCGUCGUGCACCACUUUGUUGACCACGCUCCGGGCCGCGGUGGUCCGGGCUAGGUGGCUGCCCCUGCCUCCUCGCCCCCGCCCCUCGCCCGCCCGGGUCGCUGGUGCUAGCGCCGGGGCCCGGCGGCGGCGACUUCCGCCGGCUACUGCUGCCCAGCCUGGGCGAGCUCAGCCGCGUCUUGGGCACCACCUCAGCUUGGCGGCUGCCCACCUGCCCCGGCUGCUACCGUGUAGCGGCGAGCGGAGCCUCCGGAUGGGUCCGGACGUGGGCGGCGGCGGCGGCGGGGCCGGGGGGCCGGGCGGGAGGGGCCCGGCCGGCGGAAGCGGGUGGAGGGAGAAGGCUCAACCGAAUUGCUGGGGCCCCACUCCGGAUCGCCUUCAACCGCCAUCUUACUUCUUCCCGCUACUGGAGGGCCGUCACGCGAGCUGCGCCGCCGACGAGCCUGCGAAGGGGCGAGGUGGCGCGGCGGCCGCUAGGGAGAGCGCGGGAACAUUGAGUCGAGAGCGGAGAGCCCGGGGCGCCGGCGCGGCUGGACUCCGAGCGCGGGUGGCGCGGCUGAGAGAGACCCGCAGCUCGCUAUACGCCCGGCGUCUAAGGCUUUCGGAGACCACAGUCUCCGCGGACCCCUGGCUGGAGCCCAAAGCUAGCCGGACUUCCUUCCCGCGGCUCCGCUUCCGCGGCUCCGACAGGAAGUGGAAAAGAGGGAAUCCUGCCCGAAACCUACUUCACGGUGUUAUAGAGAAGAAGAUACAGAAAAUGAAAAGAAAAUGUGGUACUACAGCACAAAGGUCCAGCUUGCAGAAUUAAUUGACUGUCUAGAGAAAGAUUAUUGGGAAGCAGAACUCUGCAGAAUUCUGGAAGAAAUGCGUGAAGAAAUCCACCGACACAUGGACAUAACCGAAGCCCUGACCGAUAAGGCUCGGGGCAGUAACAAAUCCUUUCUGGCGGCAGCUAAUGAAGAAAUUUUGGAAUCUAUAAGAGCAAAAAAGGCAGACACUGAUAAUGUUAAAAGCCCAGAAGAAAUAGAAAAAGACAAGAACGAGACUGAGAAUGACUCUAAAGAUGCUCAGAAAAGCAGAGAAUUCGAAGACCAGUCCCUUGAAAAAGACAGUGAAUACAAAACACCAGACGAUGACCCUGAGCAAGGAAAAUCUGAGGGUAAAAAAUUACUUGAUUAAAAAGAAAUAUUUCAUCAGUGUUA